GGGAAACCGGAACUCCUCAGCAGUGGGAGCGGGUUUCCGGCCGGAGCUUGGAUUCCGAGGUCAAAGUCCGGCAGGCUGCGAAGCCGGCUUCCGGAGACUGUCCCGUCUGAGCGGCGUGAGGGGCGGCGGUAGCGAUGAGGCAGAAGCACUACCUUGAGGCUGCGGCGUGGCAGCUACACGAUAGCUGCCCGGGCCAGGCCCGCUAUCUCCUCUGGGCCUACAGUUCGUCACACGAUGCUAACAUCACUUUUGAAGGAACAUGUCCAAACUGUUUCCAGUUGCUCGUUUUGGAUAACUCUCGAGUGCGCCUCAAACCCAAGUCCAAACUGACUCCCAAAAUACAAAAACUUCUUAAUCUAGAAGCAAGAAAUUAUACACUUAGUUUUAAAGAAGCAAAGAUUGUGAAAAGAUACAAAGACUCCAAAAGUGUCUUGUUGACUACUUGUAAAACAUGCAACAGAACAGUUAAACAUCAUGGUAAAAGUAGAAGCUUUCUCUCAGCACUGAAGAGCAGUCCUACUACUCCUGCGAGUAAGCUCAGCCUGAAGACACCGGAAAGAAAGACUCCCAGUUCUGCAAACCUAAAUCCUAAGUGUGGUUCCAAAGGCAAGAGCCCAGCCUUGAUAUUCAGGACACCUACAUCUGGACAGUCAACACCCACUUGCUCCUCAAAGAAUGUGAGCAAAACAAAGAAACACUUCUCUCAACUAAAAAUGUUGCUUAGUCGGAGUGAAUCCCAAAAGAAUUCGAAAGUGGACUUCAGAAAUUUCUUACUGUCUUUGUAAAGGAUGGGCUCUGAAAAUAAAUGUUUAAUGCAAUUUCUGAAACUAA